AUGCAGCCCUCGUGGGUGGCGUAUGGCAUUCAGGGGGCAGUGCAGUACAUCCGGCGGCAUGCGCCGGGCUGUUUUCGAAGCAUAGAUCUACGUGACCUCGUGCAUGCCCGCAUUGCGAUCGACGCGACGCUACUCACGCAGCGCCUAUUUUACCGUGCGAGCACGGAUCCAGCACGGCAUGUCACGGGGUGCCGCGAAGUGAUCCAGGCCCUGCAUCGAGUGCCAUGCCAUCCCAUCAUGGUGUUCGAUCACCCGAAUGCCCGUCUUCCCCAAAAGGCUCGCGAGCAUGCCAGACGGCGGGCCGCGCAUCACCUCGCUCUGCAGCGCCAUUCGUGGGAAAGUGCGCGCCACGCACGUCUGGAGGCGCUCGCGGCGUGUGCGGAUGCCCAUGCCAGUCUCACGGACGGAGAAAAGGCGCAGCUCAGCGAGCGCUUGCGUCAGUGGCAGCGAUGCGACCUGCGCGGUGCACAGACGUAUGCCCCCCUAGCAGAAGAGCAAAGGGAGUCGUUGCUGCAGCACACCUUGGAUCCUGCAGCGCAGUUUGAGGACGAUGCGUACGCGUCGUUUCGGGACGACGAGUACGAGAUCGUGGAUGAGCCGGAGGUCGCUGACGACUUUGAGCCCGUCGCUGUCAGCACGCUUGAUCAGCUGGCUCAUGCGAUCCACGCCCUUCGGCAAGAGUAUGCACAGCUCGCCAGGCCGCGUGAAACGCUCUCGCAACGAAGCCUCUCUUGCGCCGAGGAACACGUAUACGCUUCGUUCGAGAGCGGGGCGCUGGGCGCUGACGCAUGCCUCGUGUCGCACGACCCGACACAGUGGCAGACGAUUCGUCACGAACUCGAGCGAGCCGUCCAGCGCCUCGAGUGGGAAGACGGCCGAUGGACCUCAGACACACAGGGUCCCAGCAUCCGCGUCCGAGACAUCAUCACGUACCUGUGUGCAUGGAGUACGCGUCUCAUGCGCAUAUACCAGCGCUCCUCGCGCCUCGUACCCAAGCAGGCCUACGUGGACGUCAUGGAGCUGUGCCGCCACUUGCAUGUACCUGUCUUGGUAUCGGGCGACGGCACGAAAGAGGGUGGGCCCCUGCAUGAGGCUGAGGCACUCGCCAGUGCGCUCGUGCGCGACGGCUAUGCCGACAUGGUCGCUAGUGAAGACAGUGAUGUCCUGCUAUACCAAGUCCCGCUCCUCCGUGGCCUGUCCAACAUGUCGCUCGAGCUGGUGGACACGCUGCGUGUCUAUCCCCACAUGUUUCCGCAAGCGACCUCGCCGUUCGAUGCCUUUCUCGAAUUCGCGCUCUUGUGCGGCACGGACUUCAACCGCACGGUGCCAGGCAUCGCCGCCACGACCGCGUGCCGGUCGAUUGCGCAGUACGGCUCCGUAGAGGCGGUGCUUCGCAUGUCUGAGCCGCGGUAUGCGCCGCCGGAUCAGCUGGAGAUGGAUGCGUACCUCGCCGAGCUCGAAGAGGCGCGCAGCAUCUUUUUGCACCCGCCGCGCAUCGAGCUGGCCAUGGCUGAAGAGGCGGGCCUGCGGCUCAAGUCUGCGCUCCCUUCCUGCGAGCCCGAGCCGCCGUGGGCCACGUUCCUGCACACGCAUGCGUGCUUAUCGCCCAUCUGA